AUGGAGCACCAAGAAUACGAAGAUACUCCCAUAUUUGCAGUGUGUGAAGGAAAUAUGCAAGAAAUUUGUCAAGAUAGGUUCAAGCAUAUUUCUAGAGCUCAAAAUGAGUUUGCAGAUGCUUUGGUAACCAUCUCUUCUAUGAUUCAACCUCCAGACAAGAAUUACAUAGAUCCAAUCAAGAUCAAUGUGCAGGAUCAACCGGCCUAUUAUUUCCAUGUAGAUGAAGAAUUGGAUGGAGAACCUUGGUACCAUGAAAUUGUGAGGUAUCUCAAAGAAGGAGAUUAUCCAGAAGGCAUAAACAAUAUUCAAAAGAGAACACUGCAGAGACUCGCAAGCCACUUUUUCUUAAGUGGAGAAAUCCUUUAUAGGAGGACUCUAGAUUUAGGGCUAUUAAGGUGUGUUGACUCCCGAGAGGCGAGCAAGUUGAUUGAAGAAAUACAUGGGGGUACAUGUGGUCCACACAUGAAUGGCUUUACUAAUGUCGUCAAUGUCAGAUUCACGGUGAAUUGA